AUUCUAGGACUAAUUCCUCACUCUAGGCCCAAGGAGAGAAUGAUCUCGGUGGAGAGAGAAGGGGCGUGGAGAGGAGCAACAGUCUUCCGGUUCCCGGCAUGACGUCUUCCUUGGACAACUUCGGCAUCGAUGGUGAUGACAUCUCUGCCUCGGUAGCAGGAGGAUCCGGAAUCGCCCGCCCCUUCGAUGAUGGCUAUCUGGGUUACGACCCCCGCCUCCCCUCCCAGCGCUUCGACGCCUUCUCCACCUUCUCCCCCUCCGACGACGCCGACCCCUCCGUCGAUCACCUACCACUGGGUUCCCAAGGCUUCCCCGCCGAUGUAGCCUCCAGCGCAGGCUUCGGACUCCAGCCCGAAGACGUCCCCAUCCAUCACCACCCGGCCUUCGGCGGCGGCGGUGACAGUAUCCCCCCUUCCCCUGAAGGUUACGGCUUCUCCGCGGAGGCGGCCCCCUUCGCCAACGGAAUGUCAUACGGAGUUGAGAACGGCGAGAUCUUCACUUCGGAUGGACCGAUUCUUCCAGAUCCGGACGAGAUGCAGCUCGAGGAGGGUUUCAUCCUGCGGGAGUGGCGCCGCCAAAAUGCCAUCCUUCUCGAGGAGAAGGAAAGGAAAGAAAAAGAGCUGAGAAAUGAGAUCUUCAUUGAAGCUGAAAAUUUCAAGAAAGCUUUUUAUGAGAAAAGGAAACUAAACUGCGAAACAAACAAGGUCCAGAACAGAGAAAAGGAGAAGCUGUAUAUUGCCAACCAGGAGAAGUUCCACGCAAAUGCUGAUAAACAAUACUGGAAAUCAAUUGCGGAACUUAUCCCUCAUGAGAUAGCUAACAUCGAGAAAAGAGGGAAGAAAGACAAGGAUAAGAAGCCUUCAAUUGUCGUGAUUCAGGGACCAAAACCUGGAAAACCCACUGAUCUUUCAAGAUUACGCCAAAUCUUGGUAAAGCUGAAGCAUAAUCCCCCACCUCACAUGAAACCCCCAACACCGCCGGCUUCAACAGAAGCCAAAGAUGGAACUUCAGCUGCAGGGAAAAAGCCAGCUUCUUCUGCUAGUGAUGCCGAAGCUAAUGGUCCUUCAGUUUCAGCAAAGAUAGAUACAUCUGCAGCUGAAGGGCAAGCAGUCAAAACACCUGAGCUAGUGGCCACUGCCUGACCUUCACUUUAACUGCUCCACGUCUUGAGUGUCAAUUAGUGGCAAGCAAGGAGUACAUAAUUCAUAUAUUUGUCUAUCUUUGCCUAUUCAUGAGGGUUGCACAAAAGAUAAUCUCCUUGCUCCUUUAUUAUGAUAUUUUGUCUAUGAUCAGGUUUCUAGGACUUCAAACUUCACUCGUUGUCAUCACUGUCCAUGUCUGCAUUUUGGUGUAUUAGAUUUUAUUAAGCCGAACAUGUUGAUGUUGCAACAAAAUUUAUCAAUCUGAUUAUGUAAUCGUAA